UGAAUCUCGACUGGUUUGUGGUCGCCCACGGAGACACAGAAACUACAGCCUACCACACAUUUUAAUACUGAGACUGUACAGACGUGCUGCUGAACGGAUCCCGUUCACAUUUAAGCACCGUGUCACCUGAUAAAAAUCUUUGUUUACUAGAUUUCGGGUAUUGGUGUCGUGGAUCUCCUUUCUUUCCCUCAGUUUGUUUUUCCGUUUUGGCUUGGUGACCACGGGUACGCUUUGGAGCCGUUUCGCUAUACGACGCCUGACACGCUUAACGUUUCUCCUCUUAGCGCUCUGAGCUGUACCGAAACCCGCAGCGAAAGUUUACAUUUUCAUACGGCUGGAGGACUGUCGCCGGUCCAGUUAUAGUGCGGUUGUAGUCGCUGUUCCACCGUGCGUAAAAAUGCGUAAAAACCAAAAGGAUCAAAGACCACCAAACCGGUCCGAUGGCUCGACCGCAGUAAGGGCAACAGAGGGGAGCGGAGGAGAUCCGCCACCCGUCGGUGCUGCUGGAGCUUCAGCGCAAACCUCUCGUUCAAAUCCAGCCACCGAUCGCGGCGAGCAGAGCUUUGGCAACCCCGGGUCUACCGGAGGAGGAGAACCGCCAUCGCCGUCCUGGUGCAGACAAGGUUUCUCCCCUACCGACAGCCUAGGAGUGUUUCAGAAGAGGUCUAUAUUCCAUCUCCCUCGUCGCCGCUUAUCCAGCGGAUAUAACUCUUUCGAGGGCGACUCGCUGCCGAGCUCCCCGCUCUCCCCGAGGCCAGCGACGGCUGACAGAGCCACGCAGACUCCGAGUCCCACCGGCCAGGUGAUGAAUCACGCCCUGCAGCGCAUGUCUGAGGCUCAGAGCGGAGGACCGCGGACGCACCAGCAGCACGGAAGCUUUCCCAGCCCCUCUAGCACGAGGCAACAAAACGCAGCAGGGGACAUGCAGGCGGAGGCAAUCGGACGAGAACUCCGACUCAUUGGAGACAACUACAAUCAAGUGCUCAUGUUAAGGGGGAUGGCAGUUGGACCUAGGCGAGGUGUGAUCAUUCCGUACCAGUUACCGCACAUCCGCCAGGAGCCCACCGUCCUGCUGUGCGUGGGCAUCCUGCUGCUUGUGAUUGGACGGAUAUUCUUGCAAGGCAAUAUGAAUGGCCAUCAGGGCCACAAUGACGUUUAGCCUCUGGAAAACCCAGCAGACGUAGCAUCUUUAAUUUUUUAUCUGUGUUGUUGGAUCUAUCACUUUUUUUCUUUUUUUUUGAGGACUUCCCACUUCAUUCCCUUUUCCAGAUCAUUUAAAACCUUAAAAAAAACUCUAAAAUGACUGGAUUUUUAUUUUUGCACCUUUGUUUUUCCUUCAUGUUCUCUGAGCCUUUGCAGUCCUACCAAAGAGCCAGGAUUUUGCACUUCUUCACAGCGCAUGGGGCAGCCGUGUCACCAAAAUAUGCUGCCCCCUCACCUGGAAGAUUACGCCUGUGGAGGUUAAAUUGUGCCUUGUGUAGUUCCUUGUACUUUUUUUCUGUUGUUUACUUUUCUGGCUUCUUUUAGGUGUUUUUGUUGUACAUAAGUUAUGAGUUCCCCCAGGAAGAUAAACUCUUCAAUUCUGCAGAUGUUGGGUUGUUCUUGCACUCCUGUCGCAUUAAGAUCCAACAUGCAACAGACUCAUGACCCGUGUGGAAACCAACUGGGCCAAAGUAAUCAUUUUUUAUCACACUUUCUUUUUAAACAAAUGUACCAUUUAAUGGCUUCUUACCAUGACUUACACGUUAUUAUGUCUACAUAGUAAAUUAGGAAGAGUUGAUUGUACAUCUGUUUCCAGCCAAUGAAAUUGACUGUGUCCUUAUGAUUUGAGUUUUAAACUACACAGCUAUUGACUAAAGAGAUCAUCAGAUGCCAUGAACUAAAGGCCCAUUUGGACAGGAUUAAUAUUACAGGGAAAUGUUAGGUAGGUAGAUAAUGAAAUAUUUUUUUCUGUAGUCCUCAGAAACUUCAGUCAUUUUUCUGGAGAACAUUUUAGCCAUAAAAAAUUACAUUUGGUUUGUGAAUGACAAAAAUAUUUUAAGGAAAAAAAGUUUAAUCGAACUGUGAUGUAAACUGAUCAACACAUACAGUAUUUAAAUCACUCAGCCUCUCUUAAAAAGUCUGUCCAAAUGAAGUUCAAUACUGCAAUCCAUUAAUACUCCAUUAAUAUUCAAAUGUCCGUUUAUUUGUUGUGUCUUAUUUUAAUGUCUUGAGACAUGUAGAUUAUUACCCAUUUGAAGGUACUUGCAGUUUUUUUCGAUAAACGAGAACACAUUUUUUUGUUUUUUCACUAGUUUUCUACACACACAUCUUAUAAAAAUUUUUAGGCCUCAAAUAUUGCAACAUUCAAUCCUCUCCAUCUAUUUCAGAGCUACUUUACUGUUUAUUAAAUAGUCAUUUGUACACAAUAGCUAGUUCUAUCUGUUACUGUGUAAACUCUACCAGCCUCUUUACUUACCGUGUGGCAAGGGCGUAGGUUUGGUUUUAACUUUGGUUGGGACAGUUUUUUCAGACGGCCAUAAUAAUUAUAUAUGUGUACUUGCUAUUUAAUAGGAACAGAUGUGCACACACACACUGUUUAGUGAAUAUGUCAUUUGCCGACUUGCCUAAAACCGGAAUUGUGUCAUGAUUUUUUUUCAUUUUUUACAGCUUAUUCUAUCGAUAGACUUUUUAACUAUAAAUCUGAGAUUAAAAAUUAACAUUUAAAAGUAGACUGUCACAAUAAAUGUAUACACAAAGCUGUAGGUAAUGUGCUGCUCUGUAACUUGCUGCUGUGAUGUUUUCAAACCACACCUGAGAUCCUGUACUUUCAUUUGGGCGACACAAGUCAAAUGUUUCAUACCAGAGCACAGUGAUGCUCAAACCUACCUAAUUAAAUGAAGGCUGAACGUCAAAAACAAAUCAGUUGGACAAGCUAUGGAUAAUUUAGUUUAUUUAUAAUGUUCAUGUCUUAAUGACACAUAUGCAGUAAUAACUCUGCUCUAGAGACAGAUAGCAUUAAAUAGUAAAUAUUUCUCCCACUAAUUUCAAAGAUUAAUGUUUGGAUUGAUUACAAAACAUUCUUAUUAAAUAAGUUAAUUGUUACACUUUGGUUCUUCUUUAAAAAGGACCAGAUGUCUUAUAUGGCGUUUAGGACGAAUUUUCAUCACGAUUAAUAAACAGCAUUUUAUUAAUUUUAUAAAUUAGCUAAUAACAAAUAACGCCUGAAAUUAUAAAUAAAAUAUAAUAUUAAAUGAUCCUAGUUUUGUCCAGUGAAGUUGAUUUUCAACUCUGCAACGUUCAGAACGUUUAAACUAUAAAUACUAACCGCUUCAGACUCUCAACCUCACUGACUUCACUACUACUGCUGCUGCCGUGCUGCUGCUAGUCAACAAUGCCUACAGCUUUGGUCGUGUGUCCACCUCUUUAGCUCUUUAUUGUAAUAACACACGUUUCUUCAGAAAACACACAUACCUGACAACUCUGCAGAAAUCUUACCAUUAACAUUACAUGGAGUUAAAGUGACUAGAUUGUUUGAGGUCAGUAGAAAUAUUGGUACAGACUAUCUGAACAUCUUAAUAUUAGUAGGGACAUUUCCAUACUGUCCAUACCCAAAUCUACGCCCAUGCUGUGUGGUUCAGUUUCAUAGAAACAGCCUUUGACCAACUGAUAAAGGUAACAUGAUAUAACAUAGUACCAACCGCUGUACUGAAAAGCCUGUGUGUUUAUGUAACACUACAUCCAGUCUGGAGGAUGAACAUGGCUAUGCAUUAAAAUCUCCACAAAAAUUACAACGAGAAAAGCAAUCUGUAUACAUUAAUAACGAAGAAGAUGAUUGUUAAAAAAGGCAUUAAAAGAUUUAAUUCCAAUCUGCAUUAAAACAAAAGAUUUUGCACGUAAAUAAUCAAAAGCAGGAGCAACAGCAAAGACUACUCCACUCGUUAAUAAUAGUAUUUGAGUACUUGUUACAAAGCUGCCUAAUUACUAGAGUGAAACUCAAAAGAGGUGACGAACAUCAAUAAUGAAAUAAUGUGAAUCAUUUAAAAGAUUAAAUAAUUUUCCACCUACUUGUUUACUCAUUAUCAAAUUUUACAUCCACAGUUUUAAUUUUCUAAAAUAACUGAUCAGACGAUACUGUCUUCCACCGUACUUUAUUUCAACAUGUGGAUUUAUUAGCAGUCAGACUCAGUGCAGUUGGCAGGUCUUCGUUUGUUGACAAGGUCAUGUUAUCUAUUUAUUAGCGCUGUGAUUAAGACCCAGCCAAGUCUCUUCACGUCUGCCAGGUCAUUAAGCACUCUCAGAAAGACAUUUCUGGACAGAAACCAAAUGCUGAAUAACGCAGAGUCAAAGAGUGUUCUGUGUCUGAUGGUUGUCUACCAGUAACAGAAACAGUGGUGAUACAGGCCUCAGAUUAAGUACAUUUAUUCUUAUCUUUGAACUCUUUCGGCACAUUAAAACAUAUCAGUUCUGUUGUCAUGUGAGAAACCACCAAAAGUAGGCCAUUUUUUCUACUUUUUUUGCCUUAUGAUAGCUAGGAUGCAUGUUACCAGUUACAGCUGAUUAAAACCAAACUAGUACACUGAAAAGAGCAGUUAAGAACAGAUAAACAGCUGAGUAGCUUUUCAACAAAAAAAAGGGAAGAAAAAAAAAAGCCUGCUCUUUUGUAUGUACAAAUAUUUGGAUUUCUUCUCAUUUGGAGAAUGUAAAUACGCCACUUCAUUUUGUUAACUAUGAAGUAUUCGAAUAUACAGAGAAUUAUGCAAGAAAAGGAAGCACCUUAUGACACCAAGAGUGCAUAUAUGUUCAAAAUGAGGGAUGCUUCCAGUAGAAAAGCUCAGUGACGCAACUGUGUCCUGCACCUUAUUGGAGGUGGGGAAGUUCACCAAUGUGCAUUUGCCAAAAUUCAUCUAAUCCUUAUCUUUGAAACCAUCUUUAAAAAAACCAAAGGACGCUGCGUGAAACCAACAAAAUGAAAACAAAGCAUUAAUAUCAGCUUUGUGUGAUGCUCAUUGCUGCACUUGGUGCGUGAAGGAGAAGGGGAUAGCAGGACCAACCUUAGUUGCAGUGGUUGUUUUCUGCUUUCUGGCCACUGGAGGCAGUAACGAGCUCAUUGCGCUGAAAAAACAUGCCACACUCGACAACUAAUGCAAUAGUGACAUUUCUGCUGCUCAGUGUUUUUUUAAACUGUAUUUUUCAGUUUAAUGAGUGAAACGACUUCAAGGAUGAUGAAUAGUUCGGCAAAUGAACGUUUGAUUAACUCACCAACCUCUGAUAAAAAAACAGUUGCUUCCCUGGGCUUCCCAUAACACAGAGUGGGUUUCUGUUGCAGCGAUGCAGUGUGAAUCUUGACCAAAGAGAUUUGUGCUUGUUUUAGGUUGUACAAGUGAAGUGUGCCAUAUGUUUUGAUCGGUACUUGUUAAUCCAAAUCAUCUCAGCUACAGUGACCGUUUGCUUCAGCCUAUAAUGCAAACUGGAGAUCUAAUUUGUUUCACUCAAAUCUGCAGCGGUUCACUUUAAGGUUGAAAUCACACAAUGUGAGAGUCCUGUUUCAAAUGAGAGUCACAGUUGAUGUUAAUCUUCUAAAACAAAUGAGCUUCAUCAUUGUCGCUCGCUCACUGUGAAUUUUGCUGUAACACAAUCAAUUGAGCCACACUUGGAUGUUUGCACAGUUGUGUCAACAUGAAUGCAUCACAGAUUACAAGUGAUCCAGGCUUUCAUCAUCCCUAAACUCUCAUUUCAUCAGCUCUAUCAUAUGUGUAAUCUCAUGUUUUAAGGGUGUUGAUUUAUCUGUUUAUCAGCCACAAACUUUCUUUUUUUUUCAAACUUCAGGUGACAGAUUAGUAUCAGGCUGUGUAUUCAGUAAGAGAAGGUUGUUGAAGUGUUGUUGCGCACAUGAAGUAAAGGGGAAAAGACACAUUAUAAUUGUGCAUGGAUCAGACCUGCAAGUAGACAAUUAGACCAUAACAAUAGUUGAAGCCACUUUCAUCCGUUUUAUACUCAUUGGUCCCUGUUCAGAAUUGUUUUUAAAAGUCUUGUUUUAUCAUGUCCAUAUUCAAGUUUAGUCACACUACUUCCUGUUUCCUGCUGGAGAAAUGAAUGAAAUGAAACAUAACAUGAAACAUUUCAGAUUAGUGACAUCCUUCUGGAAAUGCUGAUGUCUCAGUCUCGUCUUCCUGUGCGCCAAAAAUUCACUCGCCUUGCUUUUUCCUCCUCCUCUGUGACAUUGAGAGCGCUGUGACUGCGUGUUGAUUUCUGAUAUUGUGCCAUGUGAAACCUGAAGACCUCAUUUCAAAGUACUGUAUUACAGCUGGAGUGUGAGAGGAGAGCAUGGCAGGGAGGAAACUGAAAGAUGAAUUACCAUCUUGUGAAACUGAUAUGGAAACCUGGUAAUGUGUUGAUUUACCCGCCCAUCACGUGUAGGUGUUGCAGUACAGAAACGGUUGUGUGACAUUUCAGGGUUUUACCGACUCGCAUCAACACUGCUGGAGACGCUUUGGCCAAUAACGCUGCAGAUUUGUGUUUGUUUGUGCUUUUGGGACUCAUAGAGCAGACUGCGUAACAGGGGAAUCAUUCAAAGUCUUCAAUCUAUUAUCUAUAGCGAGACAAUAAACAUUUUAUACUCACGUUUGUUUCAUUGGAACUGUAAAAAAGAUCAAUUAAAGUAUAGGGGGACGCAUUGAUAAGGUAUGUUUUUGCUUUGCUUGAAAUGCUGUACACAAAAUGCAAAUGUUUAAAGACACAAACUUAUUGGAAUGACUCCAAAAGACCCAGUACAACUGUAGCAAAGGUGUCUUACUUUUUUUUUUGUGUUUAUACUCAAUGUACAUUGAAAAUAUUGUAAUAAUACUGUUUCGAAUUGCUUUGUAAUGCUUAAAAUAGCUGUAAAUAAAGCCUUUUCAACUUUU